GGUGCAGUUGGCAGCAAUCAGAUAGAGCUGUUGCGUGGGACUGAGAAUUGUUGUUCUUUAGUAUUUUGUUGAAUAAUGGCGUCCAUGCGGAAAUGGCUGUGACGAAUCAUUCUGCGUUAUAUAGAUUCAGUUUUCCAGAUGCUGCUCCUGAGACCCUCAGUCCUGUGGUCCUAGUGGAUAUGAUCGACCAUCGAAAUUCACGACAAAAAGCACCUAUAAUUUACCCCUCUCCUGGGUGCUGGAAACUCUGGGAAUGCAAUCAUCGGAGACUCCUGUCGAUAAUAGUACAUCGUAUCCUGGCAUACUAUUGUAGACCAUCGCCCGCUGAUGCUCUCCAAACGGCGUCCCACUUUCCACCGGGAUUUUGGGCUCCAUAUAGAACGUCUCUAUAAUCUUGACUUGGAUCAACUAUGAUUUGUACGGACUAGGGGCGGGCUACUUACAUAUCCGCCAUCGAGGACGU